AUGCAGGGCUGCGUGGCGGGAAGCCGGGCUCCUCUGGGCCUGCUCCUGGUCUGCCUUCAUCUUUCAGGCCUCUUUGCCCGGAGCAUCGGUGUGGUGGAGGAUAAAGUUCCUCAAGAUUUGGGGACCAACUUGCCUCUGCUUGGACAGCCUUCCUUGACCGGCCCUUCCAACUCCGAACAUCGUCGGUCCAAACCAGGCCCUGGGGAUAAUGAUUUAGCAAGGGUUCUUCUGAAGCCCAAUACUUCCCCAUCAGAUGGCUCCCAACCAGCAGGAGGUUCUGGGUUUCAGGGGUGGCCCCCUUCUGAGGGGCUGCCCUCCGUGGAUUCCUGGCCCUCUGAGGAUCCUUGGCAGAUGACAGCUGCUGGGGCAGAGGACCACGUGGGGGAAGUGCUGCCCGAAGAACUGUCUUUCUUGUCCCGUGCUGUUGCCCUCCCUCUGGGGGAAGGUUUUUUGCCUGCAGGGUCCUCUGCACACUCUGCAGGCCCGUCACCCGAGGCUUCACUCUUCCACCGGGACCCUCAGUCUAGACAGCCACCCCGUUCUAACGUGCUGGGAACCCAGGGAGAGAGCCUUGCCCAACGCCCACCCUGGUCUCUCAUCAACAGGAUUCAACAGUCACUUCGGCCAGGUCACCCCUGGGGGACCCUGAGUCCCAGUGUGUCCUGGGGAGGUGGAGGUCCUGGAACUGGGUGGGGAACAAGGCCCAUGCCACACCCUGUGGGAAUCUGGGGUAUCAAUAAUCGAUACCCAGGUGCCAGCUGGGGAAAUAUUAAUCGGUAUCCAGGUACCAGCUGGGGGAACAUUAAUCAGUAUCCAGGUACCAGUUGGGGAAAUAGUAAUUGGUAUCCGGGCACUAGGUGGGGGAAUAUUCAUCUACACCCAGGUAUUAAUAAUCAAUUUCCUCCCAGAGUCCUCCACCCUCCUGGCGCUCUUUGGAACAGCCCAGCUCAUUUCUCCAGUCCUCAGAACGCUGGGUCACAGUGGGGUUAGGAGAG